CUGCGAUAAGCAUAACGAUAAAACCAGAGUAAUCCCCUCUGUGAUUUAUUCUUUCUUCACCGACCAUUUUCGCUCUUUCAGUCGCUCGUUAAACAUGAUUUCUGCAAAGGUUUUGCUGGCCUUUGGCCUGGUCGCUGUGUCUGCGGGGCCUUGUAAGCCUGUUACAACCUCGUUGGCUGUGAGCUCGGAGACAAGCGUUACUGUCGAUUCCACCACUUUGGCCAGAAGCACGGAGUCUACUGCCGUGACAGCUGCCGAAACUGAGACUGAGACCGCCACGACUGCGACCCUGGACGCGACGUUGACCUCCGAUCUGACGACUCUCUUGACUGCGACUAGUGAUGUGACAACCCUCACCACUGAAGCAGCCACGACAACCACCGAAGAAGUCACUACUACUACUGAAGCAGCCACUACCACCGAAGAGGCUACAACCACGGAAGCUGCUACAACCACCACCGCCGAGCUCCCCGACUCAACCCAAUUCAACAUCUACCCCAACCAAGGCGUAUCCGCCACCGGCCCCCUCAAAGUCCGUAUCCAGCCCGGCGGCUCAGUCUACUUCAACAACCCCUCCAGCGACUACACAACCGGCACAUUCGUCGUCAACUCCCGCGGCAAGCUCGUCAACGGAAACCAGCUCAUGUGCGCGUUCUUCCGAACGGGCCAACAAUACGGCGACAUCGUUGGUUGCCCGCCCGCUGACGAGGCGGAUGCUCGCUAUGUGCCUAUAGAUUGUGAGCUCGGUGCAGAGGGACAGCUGGAUUGUUCGGUCCAGGGCAAGUUUUGUUAUUACAAUCCGGAGAUCACUUGUGAUGCUAGGGGGUUGUAUCCUUAUUUCUAUCUUGAGAGCGCUGGGUCUUCUGGAUAUGGGCUUAUUUUGGGAUCGAAUGGGCUUAAUCUUACACCAGUUGAGCUUGCGGCUCAGCCUCAGCCAACGGAGCCUUAGGCCGGAGCAUUUUGUUAGUUCAUGGCUUCUUAUGCUCUAGAAAUAGAGGGUUUCUAGUCAUUGUUCCAUUCAUGUACAUAUCUUGAACCAAGUACACAUAGAUUCGUUGUAUAAAACCUUGGCUCAUCUGAAUUGGUGAUCUUUGAUGGUCAUGUCGUUUCAUGCCUCGGAAGAUCGCCUAUCGGUUAUCCAGGAAAUUGACAUCGAUCUAAUUCCGCGAUGAGCCUCAAUCAAUUUAAUUCGGAUAUAGCAAGAUAUUAAAUAAAUACACCAAGCGCAACAGCAGCCGCCGCAACCAUACCC